AUGUUUGAAUGGUUAAGCUCAUUUAUAAAUGGUAAUCAAGAAACUUCAACUCAAACCCCAAAUAAUGAUGAAAUGGAAUCUGAUAUAUCUUUUAAUGAAGCUAUAGAGUAUUUCCAAACUUUAACCAUUGAAGAAUUUGAAGAGCAAUUUGAAAUGCAUUGUUCGCCAUGUAAAGGUCUUUUAAAAAAUUAUGGAAUUGUUCGUUGUGAAUCCAAAAAAUUUUGUUCAUUAAUUAUGAAUAAUAAACUCACACCAUCUUUCAAAGUGGAUCAAUUAUUUGAUAUAGUUUGUUUCAAUUUAUCUGGUUAUGAAAGAUGUCUUCUUUAUUUCACACCUAAAUUUGAGUCAAAUAAUUGGUCUGAAAGAAAAAUCGAGUUCAUGGAUUUAAUAAGUACUCAUUUUAGUACCAUGAUUUAUAAAAAAAAAGAUAUAACAUUAGAUGAUGUUAUAGCUGAUUUGAAUUUUAAAAUGAAUCAUUCAAUGGAUCAAAGAAUAACAAAUACCAAUGAUCAUCGUGAACAAGAACCUUUAUACAUUAUGUUCAAUUCUGCUUCAGCAAUGAAUCUGUAUAUAAAUGAAAACCUUUCUAAAAUGAUCCAUAUGAUUAAUUUAUAUAAAUCCAAAAUUGAAAACCAUAUAUGGGAAAGCUAUACAUUGAUAAAAGUUGUGCCUAAAGUACAUCAUCAUACUGCUGUUGAUGUUGAUGGAAAUGGGAAUGUAUUUAAUGCAAAUAAUUAUUUACAUCAUGAUGAAUUGUAUUUGAAAAAUCCAAAUGAGGUUUUCUUUCUCAUCAAUACAGCAGCUGAUGGCAUUGAAGAUAGUCAUUAUAAAAAAAUUAUCAAACCAAUUAAUUCAACUGGUUCAUUUAUAAGGACUUUCUAUGUAUUAAGAAGCCCAAAAGACAUGUUAAUGCAAGUUUUGAAAAAAGAUUUUCAUGAUUGGUUUCUUUAUGUACAAGAGUUAUUGAUAAACAAACAUCUCAAUAUUGUUGAAAAUGUUGCUAGAAGACCAUCAUAUUUUAAAGAAUCUAGUGUUAGAAUUCAUCCAGAUUCAAAUAUAUCUGACUUUGUUCAAGUUGGAUAUAGAUUAGAUUUAUCAAAUAAUUGUUCGUCAUCAGAUUCAUUACCUAGCUAUGAGGAGAUUCUUGAGUCCUGA